GAAUAAUUCGGCUAUACGCGCCACCUCUCUACGGCGUUGAGAUGGAAAACAUUACAAGUCCAGGACAUGUACUGUUUUCGACCUCACUGAUGUGGGUGUCACACAUCGCGCGCGAGGUGGCGAUAAUAAAUAUUAUAAGAGUUAGGUUAUCUCACUGCCGAGACAAACUUAAUAGUUGGAAGCAGUUAUUUUUGAGAACAACAAUGAUUAGUUCUAACGAGAGUGAUGAUAGUGCCGAAGGUUUGCAUGGGAGUAGAAAGCGAAAAAGGAAUCCGAAAGUUUGGAAAGACAAUAAAAGGAAAACUGCUGCUCUUAAAGGUGAAGCCUAUGUUUCUACAUCCGGAAAAAGGGUUGCACCAAAAUCAUCUGGGUCUCCAUGUGGGUGCAAGGAGAAGUGCACAGAGAAGUUUCCCGAUGAAGAAAAAACCAUCUUAAUUUCCAAACUAUAUGACGGUAGGCCCAAAAAUGAAAGUGACACAUGUCUUCAAGGCCUAAUUGAGGUGACAACCAUUUCAAGACGUAGAGGACGAGCCCAAGCUAAUGCUAAGCCCAAAUCCGCAAGUUUUAAUUACUCUAUAUUGGAGAGCUCUGGAAACCGUGUGGCAGUAUGCAAGCGAGCUUUCAUGAGUAUUUACGGUGUGUCACAUAUGCAAAUUCAACGCUUAACUGCAUUGCUUGUGACUGGCGCAUCUCCAAGAGAUUUAAGGGGCCUACACAAUAACAGGCCACGUUCCAAAUCAGAUGAAAUACUAAUCAGAAUUAGGGAGCACAUAGAACGUUUCCCACCAUAUGUUAAGUAUGAAUUCUAUUUAAAGUACUUCAAGGAAAAUUAUGCACUCAAAUUUGGAAGACCACAGGUGGACGUCUGUUCCGAAUGCGAACGAUUAGGCGCCAAGAUUAAAAGUAAAGAUUUGAAUGAUAAUGCAAAGCGAGUGGCCACAGCAGAACUGAUAGUCCAUAAGCGACGUGCCAAAAAAUUUUAUAAUAAACCGCAGGAUAUCCAAAAACUCUGUCAAAAUCGACCUGAAGUUGCCGGUAUUACUUUAGAUUACAUUCAAAAUCUACCGCUCCCGAAUAUACCAGUUCAAGAGAUCUUUUAUUUUCGGCAACUAUGGCUCCUCGAACAGAACAAACCAAGUCCUCCUUUGCCAGAGAUACGCGCAUAUCAAGAGCCGGUUCCCAUCAACCAUAAGAAGAUCACCGAUAUCAAAAAAGUCAUGAAGUACAUUAACGGUGAAACAUUAGAAUUUUACUACCAUGUAACUUCCUGGAAGCAAAGCUACGCAAACGGAGAUCCCGAUGACUAA